AUGCCUAGGACGAGAGAUGAGUUGGGCUUCUCUCGGCCACGAAGGCCUGAGCGGAGACAACCAGAAGUAAAACGAACGCCGGAGAAAGAAAAACCUGCGGACUAUCAAGAACCUCCAAAUGUAAUCGAGCUCUUCCGCUGCCAGGCACAAGUUGGACGAUCAAAGCGAUGGACUCAUUUCAACGACCGUCUCCACAUCGACUCAAGCGAGACGUCGAAGCAGCGGCAUGAAACGCUGAAAACUAUCCUUGAAAUUUUGAGGCGGCUGGAUGCCGUGGCUAAAUCGAACUUGGAUAUGUCGGAAAUUCACUUUACCGAUCGAGAUGGACAGAGAGGUCUUUUGAGGGAUUUGGCGGAUUUGCAAGAGCAAGUCCAUCAGUUGCAAAAAGGCGCGCCAGAGGAUCCCAAGCCAGUUUCUUGCGCCGACUUCUUUUACUGGUACGAUCUCGUCAGGUCGCUGGUCCAGCUGAUCAGGAGGCCCAAUAGAACGUUCACCUUACAGGAGCUGCUGACGAUCAACAAAUGUAUGCAACACCUGGAGAAUGACGAUUGCAAAACUCAAUACAUGCAAUUGAUGAGCAAGUUGAGAAAGGGACCAGCGCCGAUGUGGGACCCAUACUUCAAAUUUGUCAAAAAAGCUUUUGAACUGCUUCAUUAUGUAUUUAACUGGGUGGAAGUUUCUUCAAAUAUCGUCGUCAACGAUGAGCAGUUUAUUCAUUUCUUGUUCGUUUUAAUUCCCGUUGCAAGUCAUCAUGACGUUUUUAUCGAGUGUACAACAGUGUUAGAAGAUGUUCUCGCCCAAAAAACAAAAUCAAUGCUUGAGCUCAAGAAAAUUCAAAUUCUGAAAGAUGUCGUUCAGUCAUGUACAGCCGCUCAAUUUCCUUUUCUAUGCCGCGUUAUUGCCGUUGUUAUGUCCGACAAUGAUAAUGCCAAGCCUGAAAAUGACACGCUCAAAGCCCACGACGAAUGGCUGCUCAACUCGACGAACCAUGCGAUCAGCGAUGCGAAUCAAAAAAUUCUGAUCUCGCUGGCUGAUUCGGAGUUUGUUGACCGACUCAUUAAUUUGUCGAAAAGGCCGUUGGACGAGGCCGAAAACGUUUGGAACAAAUUAGAGAACUUGCAGUCAUGGGUGGCGACAACUUAUGUCACUCAAACUUCCAUCCAUCUGCUCAGAGCGAGUUUGCAAGAAGUUAUUGAGUUCCGAGCGCCCCAGGCGGAGCCCAGAGAUCCCUCCACUUCUGCUCUUCACAAGCUAAAAGUGCACAAUGAAAAAAUGUACAAAAUCGAAGCUCUCUUCAUCCUCACCUUGUUGCUGUGUGGAAAUCACAAGGAAAUUGUCCAGGCGCAAGUUUGGAAGAAAAGCUUGAUUAUCGGACUGAAUCAGUUAUUCAAUACGUUCAUCUGGGUGUCUGAUAACACUGACGAGCCGCCGCUGGCUAUCCCGCCUACAGAUGAUUGCAGCGCAGAUACUGCCUUAAAAGUGCAAUUCUUGCGACUGGUCCACUCCGUAUGCGACCACCACGAUAACAAAUACCUGCUUCUAUCGAAACCGGAGUUGCUUGAAAUCAUUAAUUCUUGCACCGCUUUGGGCACAGAACCGAACCCCUCAGUUCUGCAUGUGCUCGAGAAAAAGCUCUACUGCGGGGAGGGUGAGCGCGGGCUCCUAUCAAACAUACUCGUUGCAAUGAAAGAGGCGAAAGAAACUUCAACCCUUCGUUUUUGGAUCGCCAGAGCUGUCGAGAGCUUUUUAAGGGGGCCUACAUGCCUUGUUGACCAGACGUUCUAUCUGAACCGUGGAAUUCUCGAUCAUUUGCUCCACUUACUACUGGAAAUCAAAACAACUUCAGAAGUGUCACAAGGCCACUUUGACCUGCUCGCUGAGCUAAUGAAAUUCAACGAACAGGCCUUUGAGAUGUUCGAAAAAGCGAUUGGUUCAAACGCUCGCUUCAAGCGCUUCAUGAACCUAGCAGAAACAAGUCUCGUUGACAGUAACAUGUUCAUCCGCUGUGCGACGCUCACUUAUCACAAAUUUCUUCGCAGUGGCUACGAUUUCAACAAGUCAAAAUUACUUCACUACAUGUCUUCAAAGCAAGUCCGCGCUAGGCUUGUUGCUUCGCUCAUUGAGCUUAUUACUCCAGAAACACUCAACCAGGAAAAUGUUUCCUGUUUGAAUACUUCCCUUGUUUUCAUGAUCACCGCCAGACAAAUUCCAAACGGACUCGGUUCCUACCUAUCAGAUCUGUCAAAGAGAAAGAAUUCCAAUGGAACGCCUCUUUUAGAAAACUAUCAGGAACUUCUGGAGUUCUGGCUGAGUCACUACAGCCUUUCUGUGAAAGCAAAGGACUGUCAGAGUUUGGAACAAGGGACGGGGAUCAAAUUCAAGGAGUGGACUUCAACUGUUGAAAUUUUACUUGGCCGUCUUCCACCAGAUGAAGAAGAAUCCUCACUUAUCAAGUAUCUUCCACGGCGUGAGCGCCCUCAUCGAGACAAGUCCGUCUCCCGCUGCACUUGA